AUGGAAGAUUCCACGACAGCCAAUUCCACUUUUUUAUGCAGCAUACUGGACAUUGAAAUCGUCACUCUGGCAAUUAUACACCCAGUUUUGCUUGGAUCUUUACCAUAUCUUGGACCGGCAUAUAUUAAAGGAUUACAGGAUAUUCGUCAAAAGUAUCCAUCUUUGAAUGUGACGCAGACAAUCCUUUGGGAAAAGUCUUAUCGUAGCUGUCAGGAUCUCCAAGCAGAUGGCGUAAAUAAGGUCACAGCCAACGUAGACAAAAAAUACCAGCGCUCUGAGUCAGAUCCCUGCUCUACCACUGUAUUAAUGUGGGCUGGGUGCAGCGAAGUUGCAGAGGUUAAUCCCAUAGCGAGGGAACUAGAUCUUUUCAUGCUCACCAGUACUGCCAGCAACGUGCCUGAUCUGCGCAAAAAGCGAUUAGCGCCAACCUGGAUAACAAUUACUGUCCUCUCGAUGUCGACAUACGUAAAUAUUUAUGUCAAUGUUGUCUCAAUGUUCAACUGGACCUCUUUCGCCAUAAUCGUGGAUAACGGUGGCAAUCCGUACUUCCCGCAGCUUGCCCAAUCCCUGUAUCCUCAAAUUGCUCCCGGGAGGCAAGUGCAUCGCGAAAAUAUUAAUACGAAAGAGGAUGUGGACUUUAAAAAGAUAUUUCUACAUCUGAAUUCUCUUACAAGAGUGUUUUUCUAUUUGGGUGACCCCAAUGGAUUUCGUAAACUGUUGUUGAAAGCGACAGAACUGAAUUCGACCAACGGAGAACAUGUUUACGUCAUCGGUACGCCUUUUAGAUUGAGCUCCGAGCCCGGGUACCUGCACUGGAAGAAAAACGAUGAAGAUGACGAGGUCGUUCGAUUCGCCUACCGAUCUGUCUUGAUUAUCGAACCAGAUGGCUCAGUUUAUGGUCAAACCGAUGGUUCGGAUUCAUUUUCUUUAGAAAUGAGGAAUUUGUCGAAAACUAAAUACAACUAUACUUACGGGCCUUACGAGCUGAUCAGUCCACAUCCGGCUUCUACGUAUGCCGGCAUGAUGAUGCUGGCGCAGGUUAUGGAGAACCUGCGCUCUACCAACGCGUGUGAGAUGUGGUCAUCAGGAAGAGAAACCGCAAAACUGUUUCUGAAUCGCUCUUUUGAGACGGAUGUAGGACGGUUUUAUAUUGGUCCGCUCGGCGAGCGAAUUCCGACUGUACAAGUAAAUCAACUUGACUGGAACACAUCACAAAUUCGGCCACUUUUCGUACAAGACCCUGCUGAUCUGCGUCUGCACGCUGUUAAUCCACCACAGUGGCCGGGCACAUGGCCACCACUUAACGAACCUAAGUGUGGAUUUCGGGGUGAUGCGCCCUUGUGCACCCCAAAAGGGAAUACCGACCUUUAUAUUGGUUCCGGUGGUGGAGCUGUUGCCUUGAUCAUACUGUUAACUUGUGUGGUUUUCAUGUUUACAAGGCGCACAGCAAACAAUGCACUUCUGAACAACGAUUCAUGGAGAAUCGAUUCUACCAAUCUCCGUGCAGUUGGUGACACAAACCAAGUGUCCGUUCCCAAAACUCUAUCGGAAAUCAUUGGCAAUGAAAAGAAUGUGACAAUGAAAUACGUAAACGACCAACUGGUUUGGGUUACUGCUGCAACCAAGUUAUCUAUUCCGUCGACAAUUCAGGCAUUUCGUCCUAGUCCAAGUGCACUGCUGUUGAUAAACCAUCUCCGCCGCCUCGAUCAUCCUAACGUAAAUCGAUUUCUCGGGUUAACCGUUUCCCAUAGUGGAUGGCAUGUGUCCUUUGUCAGCGACUUCGUUCAACGCGGUGCCCUCACGAAAUUACUGCCUCAAGUGACUUUGGAUUCUGAUUUGCAAAUUGCGUUAAUAUUUGACAUUCUUAAAGGUGUUAGGGCAAUUGUACAAUCUGCAAUCCGAUACCACGGAAAUUUGUCCAGUAACUGCUGUUACGUUGACAAACAUUUUACCGUGAAGAUCGGUGAAGCAGGUUUUAACCAACUGAGGAAGCUAAUCAGGCAGGAAUCCACCGACACCACUGACGACCGCAAUCGUGACAUCCGUGCGGUGGGCAUUAUUUUGCUUUACGUAAUCACUGUUGAUGAUCGUUUCGCCAGCUUAGAGAAAUUCGAAUCAGCUCCCGACAAACCAUCUCCAGAUUCAUUUUCGCCCGAAUUUUCUAAAGUUGUACCGAUUUUAAAACUUUCCGCGGAGGGAUCUCCAGCCACGGCAACAUCGGAUGUUAACAGUUUAACGCGAAAGGUCACGGUAGCCCUUGGAUUAAGUGGAGGUCGUAUCGACGAUACGCACCUACUCGAACGAAUUAUUCGCCGAUUAGAAAACUAUACCACGGAGCUCGAUCACCAAGUUGCUGUGAGGACAACUGCACUUAUAGACGAACAACGGAAAUGCGAUCUAUUGUUGCGGGAAAUGCUGCCAGCUAAACAUAUCGAGUUACUGCGGAAGGGAACCGUGCCGGAGCCGGAAACGUUUGAUUUAGCAACUAUUCUUUUUACGGAGAUCGGGGGAUUCAAAGAGAUUGUGAAAAACAGCAAACCGGCCUUCGUUAUGCUGUUCCUGAAUGAUGUUUAUACAGCAUUCGACUCGGUCCUGUCACGUUUCGAUGUUUACAAGGUUGAGACUAUAAAAGAUUCUUACAUGGUUGUCAGCGGCAUACCUAUGAGAAACGGACAUGCUCACGGGAAAGAAAUCUGCGAACUUGCCCUAAGCCUGCUAGAUGUGUACUCUGCGUUCGGUGUUUUGUUUGAUGGAACCUCUCUUCAAUCAGGAAUACAUACUGGCUCCUGUGCUGCCGGUGUCGUGGGUCUUAAAGCUCCACGCUAUUGUCUGUUUGGCGACACCGUGAAUACCGCAUCAAGGAUGCUGAUGUACAGCGACGUUUCGCGUAUUCAUAUCAGCGAAAGCACUUGUACUCUACUGAAGGAAUAUUUUCCAGAACUUGAAACCGAAAAGCGUGGCACCAUUGAAAUCAAGGGAAAGGGCUCGAUCACAACGUACUGGCUGGCUGCUGAGCCGUUAUCAAUGACAGCUAGAAAACUGAAUUAGUUUUAAUUAUUUUCGCUAACU